CUUAAAUUUCCUUAAUCAUCAUGGUUUAUCAAAGAAAUUACCUAUUGUAUUAUAUAUUUACAUACUCCGUAGAAUUAAGAGAUUCUCAUUGUUAAUUUAACCUAAUAUCAUCCAUUUCACCGGCAUGAGCUUGCCUUGGUUUCGCACUCGCAUAUAUAUAUAUAUAUAGACAUACUUAUAUCAUCAAACCAUAAUUUUAAUUCUUUAUCAAGAAUAACCCACCAAGGGAUUAUAGAAGGAAAUGAUACCUAUAUAUACCUGUAAUCAAAUUAGUUAAGAUGCCAAACACCAUAGAAUUCAAACGCAUUUAUUAAGUAAUAUUCUAUUGUCUGGUGCACAAACGCACACCAGCGUUAUACCUCAGCAUACGUGUUCCUUACGCAUGCGUAUCUUUUAAUCUUCAGAAGCGAACGCGCACUUUUCACAUCAAACGUCUUAGGCUCGAGACAUACUCACACCAAUAAGUGGCUAUAGGCGCUUAUGCAUUUGUCACACCAUCGAAACCUUAAACUCAAAUACGUUAUACACUAAGCUAAAUUCAUAGAAACUCAGCGAGAUACCCCGCCUUAGGAGUAGAGGUCGCUGAAAUUGUUUAUGUUAUCUGCCACCCCCAUGGUUCACAGCCUCCUCCUAAGACCCUUUUGAUCGGGGGAAAAUACCAUGCGAUAAUAAGGGGAAAUUGCGGGUCUCUCUCCAUGGUCCACGCGGACUUAUAAAAGCUCCUGCAUCAGAACUAUGGGACACUUUUUUUUCGAGUCACUUCUUAAAAUUAACAGUCAACUUUUGACCUCUUACCAAUCGUCGUUAGCUCUGGCCGAAUUCGCCAUCUAAAAACUUAGAAUAUUUUCUAGAGUAAAAUACUUAGGAAUACUUGGUCUCACAGUAGCUCGUACAAACGCGAGUGAUCCUUUAAACAUUUAACUAUCCUUACAUUUCUUUUGUUAAUUAUCAUACUUGGUGUUGGCAUCAUUAUCAUCAUUUUACCAUUAUCAUCAUUUUUACUAUUAUCAUUAUUUUGCAUCCUAAGCUAGUUGCAUUGCUUGUGAAACCAUUUUAUUUGCCAUUUUCUGAAUUAUAUUCUUUAUAAUUAUUUGGGACAUUAAUUUGGUGUGAAUUGACUUGCUGUUACCUAACAACCACUACCCAGCUCGCCCUAGCACGCUAACACGCCGCAGCAGAAGAUACCCAAUUACACCGGACACACCGAAAAGAAAGGUAAGUCGCAUCUCUAAGACUAAAAUUCAUAACUUUCUCCCAGAACCUUCCCAUAUUCUACUAACUCCUUCCAGCCUCCCGUAUUCCCGUACAUGUGUACAAAAUCGAAAGCAUUGUCGUCGCCAUCGGAGUAGGACGUGAAUGAUCCGCGAUAUUAACUUAGUUCGCGACCAACACCGUAUGUGCCAAACACUGCUGGUAGUAAACCUAGACAUCGUACUGCUACGCGAGGGCAUGGGAAGGCAAGCUCUAACGAUGAUUGCAAAAGCAUGCCCAAGACUCGAAAAGAUCAACACCACGGGACUGACGAUAGGACCGGCAGGACUAAGGGAAAUCGCGGACCGAGUCACAAAGCUCAUCCAUCUCCAACUAGAGCGAGCACUUGAACCGGUGGAUCCCGAGCUAUAUAGAAUUGUCCAAGGAAACGCCUCCCUGGAGAAACUAGAAAUUAGCAAUAAUCCUCUCACGGGUAAGGGACUGGAGGCCGCACAACUGAAAGUCUUUGAAUGCACCGAUUGUGACAACCUAAAGGCAGAACCUCUAGCAAACACCAUACGGCGGCAAACUGAAAUGAGGAGCUUACAGAUAAGACUUUGCAAGGGCGUAAUUGGAAGCGGAUAAAUUGCUGCGCUCACCGAAAAUAAAGAACUGGAUAAAACCCUGGAAGAACUAACGCUGAGCUACUGUUCUUUCGAGGAAACAAUGGACAUAGAGGAAGGCCAGGAGGAAAACG